AUGCCCGUACUUGGCGACAAGUUACAGUUCGUUCACUUUUGGCGAUUUGAAGUGAUGUCUACGUUCUCAAUGAGAGAUUCUGACAAUUUCUCUACGAUCUAUGGUCCACGCAUCUACGAAUGGUGCAUUCGGAUAGAUCGUGGUGAUACUUUUGGAUUUAGAGGACUAGAAAAUAGAGGAAUUGAGUUGUCUGUAGAGCCAACCAUACGUUCGUUCAAUAGCAGGCUACCACAAGAAUCCACUUGUACAUUUAAACUUCAAGUUAUAGAGCCGUUAACUGACAGAGUUCUGCUCAAAGGUGGCCCUCACACAUGUCCAGUAGUAGAUGAUCUUCACGGAAACCGUGGCUUCUUUCUUCCACAAGCUUCGGAAACUGGGACAGUAGUGCAAAGGAUGCUCAAAGGGAAUGACUAUUUUGGCAAUCGCUGCGAGCUCACUUCUAUUCUAAGCAUACCUAUAGAAGCUUUUGAUGUCGACAAAAUCGAAGGUAUGGCGCCCCGGCCACCCGCAGUACCAGAUUUCCGAUUCAGAAUGUUGACUGACAAGUCUCGCCAAGACUUCACAAUUCGUUGUCGCGAUGGUGACAUCCUCGUUGCUAAAGAAGGCAUCUUCCUAGCUUCUGAGUACUUUCGUGAUUACCUUGAAUCAGCUGAUCACAACGAUGCCAAUUUCGGCGAUGUGAACAAACAGGCUGUUCAAAUUGCUUUGCACUUUACCUUGACUGGAACCACAUUACCUAUAGACAAUAUAUCACCCUCUUUAGUGAUUGACGUUAUUGAAACUGCAAGGAGGUUGAGAUCUCUGAACUUCCCAAAGUUAAGAAAUGCUGUCGAGGAGGAUUCAGUCAAAGCAGCGGUGAAAGACCACGAAAAUUUAGAAGAAGUGCUCUCUUGGUUUAUUUGUUCACAUGAAUGUGGUAUGCCAACUCUGCAUAUGGUUUGCCUUGCUUAUAUCGCUGGAAUACAUGCUAAUCAGUAUUUACGUGAUUUUACCGAUGGUUCUAUGGUGACUUCCGUGGCGAGAGCAUAUCCCGAACUGGCAGAGAAGCUCAACAGGCGACAAGGCAUCCUGAGGCCUACUCCUCAUGUUGGAAUCCUUGUUCUCAUUUCAAUUCCUACAACCUCAUAA